AUGAAUCACCUUGAACUGCUCAGAAAGGUGAGGGAUUCUCCCACCCUUAGGCGUGGGGAAUUGAAAGAACCAAUGGGAUCGACAUCAAGACUGCAGGCUGUGGAUGAAGAUCCUGUUACCCCAGCCUUUCGGAGACAGGAACUGUGGGGACUAUACAAGGAUUGUGGGGAUGUGGUUAAGAAGGCCGGGAUGAAAACCGAUCGGGGUAAUUUCGUGGCGCUGGGGACCCUUCCCAGGGGCCGACAGAAAGCGGUUCUUCCCGGAGGGGGUUGCAACCAAUGUGGUAGCGCAGGCGGUGAUGCAUGCGUAGGUUCAACUAUGAUAAUCUCUUCAUCUUCACAAAAUGAGGCAAAGUUCGAAUCCGGUUCCGUGACCGGGACUGGUACGGGAUCCGCCUGUUUGGGUGCAGUAGCUGUGCGGCACGUAGCCCGCAUGGAUGCCGGCAAGAGAGAGGGGCGCUGA